AUCAUCCAGACAGACCAGUUUGUGCAGCGAAACCACAUACAAGAGGAAGGUAUUCUCUCCACAUCUGUGCAUUGUAUUGUUAUUUCAUUAUAUAAUUAUCGUCAUAUAAUAGUUAAGAGUCAAGACAUCAACACGUUUGACCGAAAACAGAGUAACAUUUUACGGAAACCACCAAGCUCCUCCAUUAUCCCGUCUUCCAGACACAUACUAAACCACCACCACAAACACACCACCCAUCACCCUUAUCAUGCAGACAGUCUAGGUCUGUCUCCCUGGCUGUGACCCACCCGAGGCUGAGGCAGAUUCUCCUACAGAGCUCCACACCCCCAGGGGGACCCCCACAGAGAUGGCUGAUUCAGACCCCUCGUCCCCCUCCGAUCCCCCACGGCCACUGAGCUCCCCCCGCACCCCUCUCUCCCUUUCAUUCCCCUUCCUCAGGGAGGGAAGUCGGGUGUGGGAGAGGGAAAGGAAACCCCCCCUGAUGCCAGGCGAGCUGCCAAGCCCUCUGCCCACCAAACGCACCCGCACAUACUCAGCUACGGUGCGGGCCAGAUCAGGCCCAGUGUAUAAGGGCGUGUGUAAGACCUUCUACAGGUCCCAGGGUCAUGGCUUUAUAAAGCCCUCCAACGGUGGAGAGGACAUCUUUGUACACAUCUCUGAUAUCGAUGGAGAAUACGUGCCCAUGGAAGGUGACGAGGUCACGUACAAAGUCUGUUCCAUCCCCCCCAAGAACCAGAAGAUCCAGGCGAUGGAGGUUGUCAUCACCCACUUGGCCCCAGGAACCAAGCAUGAGACCUGGUCUGGACAGAUCAUCAGCUCCUAGACCUCCACCUGCAUCUGCAAAGAGGCAGUGUGGUGGAAGGUGGGGGUUGGGAGGGAAGGUGGGAAGGUGGGAAGGAGCCUG